GAGAAAAAAGAAGAGGACGCGGGUCGUCGUCGUGGAGAAGAGAGCAGAGGACACGGGUCGUCGUCGUCGUGGAGAAGAGAGAAGAGGACGUGGAUCGAGAAGAGAGAAGAGGACGCGGGUCGUCGUCGUGGAGAAGUGAGAAGAGGACGCGGGUCGUCGUCGUGCAGAAAUGAGAAGAGGACGCGGGUCGUCGUCGUGGAGAAGAGAAGAGGACGUGGGUCGUCGUGGUGGAGAAGAGAGAAGAGGACGUGGAUCGAGAAGAGAGAAGAGGACGCGGGUCGUCGUCGUGGGUAAGAGAGAAGAGGACGUAGAUCGUCGUCGUCGUCGUGAUGAAGAGAGAAAGGGAUGUGGGUUGUCGUCGUCGUCGUGGAGAAGAGAGAAGAGGACGUGGAUCGUUGUCGUCGUCGAGAGAAGAGAACGUGGGUCGUCGUCGUCAUGGAGAAGAGAGAAGAGGACGUGGGUCGUCGUCGUCGUCGUCGUUAGCCGGGAAGAGAAGAGAACCCGGAUCGCCGUUGUCGUCGUCGUCGUUAGCCGGUCGUCGUCGUCGUUAGCCGGGAAGGAAAGAGAACGCGGAUCGCUCGUCGUCGUCGUCGAGGAGAAGAGAGAAGAGGACGUGGGUCAUCGUCGUGGUCGUGGAGAAGAGGGCGUGGGUCGUCGUCGUCGUCGUGGAGAAGAGCGAAGAGGACGUGUGUCGGCUCAUCUUGAAAAGCAAAGAGGAGUUGAAUCGUCGUCCUCGUCAUUGGGAAGGGAUAAGAGGAUUGUAGAUAUGAAUGACCGUCGGUUGAAGAACUUUUGUCGUCGUCGGUAAGGGGGGGAUGGAUGUCUUCCAUGUUGUCGAGAAGAAAUUGGCAGACGUUGAUCGUCAUCGUAGGGAAUGUAGAAGAGUUGGAUUGCUGUCGUCGUUGGAGAGGACGAGGGCUGCUGUUCUGUUAUUUAUAUAUCAUUAGGAAAGGAUACCGAUGUGAGAAUCGUUAGAGCAUGAAAAAGAUCAACGGAACGUGUCAACUGACUAGGGUAUUGAAGAACGUUUCAGUAAAAGCAACACCUACCUACCAGGAGCAGGAAAGUAGUAGUCGGUUUUCCCUAUGGUAAUAUGGAUUUCUGCUCAUUGUUUAGUUUUCUACCAGAUCAGUGCGUGGAGAGAAAUUAUUAGGUGUUCUGCUGGAUUAAUGUAUGAGAAUUUGGUUUCACUUUGGAAAUUUUGCAUUGGUGUAAAAAUAUGAAAAGUGAAUUAUUUAUUAAAUCUAUGCUUCAGAAUUGAAAGGCGGACAAAAAAGCCUUCGUCAAUGCCGAUAUUGUCUCGGCUGCAAAUGAUCUGUAAGAAAAUAUAGAAAAUCGGAUAAGUCACCGUUCCCUUCAAAGGUCGUUAUUCAUCAUCGUUUUGAUUGCUGCUAAGCUGUUGCCGGUCAUCACAGGUUCCUGUAGUGGUUGCAGUUGCAGACCGAAUGCUGCAGUGGCCCUUAGCUACUACCACGUCGUUAGAAUGCUGUGGUGGCCACUGUCUAUUAUUACGUCGUUAGAAUGCUGUGUUGGAUUGUCUAUUAGUACGUCGUUAGAAUGCUGUGGUGGCCACUCAUCUUUUGUAGAGAAAUUUGCUGUUGCCAUUCAUUACAUAUAGAACUGUGGUUCAGUUCUGAAGUGGCCACAACCGAUCAUCACAUCUUGAAUACUGGAUCAACAAGCGGUGCUGUCUGUGAAGUAAUCUGCCUGUCUGUGGGUCGUGCCGUCUACGCUUCAUGUCUGGGUGCUUGUCGCCGUCUUUGAGGAGGGUGGGUUGGAACAGCGCCUUUGACCAUCUGCAAGUCCCAUUGCGACCCGAAGAAUUCUGGCUGCCUGCAUUCCGUCAACAAAUGUAAAAGGUGAAAACUCCUAUAAAGGUAAGGUUAAUGUAUCCUUCCAUAUUUAAGGGUAAGUAUGCACUGUUACUUUCUGAUGUAUUUUCCAAAAAAAGUAGAGCGAGAUGUAGCCUACUAAUCAUAUUAGUAUGUGGGUCUUCUCUACUUUUACUAAAGUUAUUUUUUUUUCUUUUUUCCCCCUCAAAGUUUGAAGCGUUACAGUAAUUUUACACUUUCACUUACAUUUCAACUGUUCAUUCAUCAUAUGCUUUCACCCAAAUUCACCAAUUCCAGGUUCCCCCUUUUGGCUUGAUUGUUGUGGCUGUGGGUCGAGCGAGCCAGCCACUUUCCUUGGCAGUAGAAUGUAUCGGGGUUACAAGCGGCAGCAUCAGUAGGCCUUGGACGGGACAAGACGAAGCACCAAUAGACAUAGCAGACUCGGCAGAAGGGGUCAAGAGGCGCCAAAGUUAAUGUUUCACACCGGCAGGCAAACAGUUCACGGAAAGGAUAGGUGACGAGGGAUUAGCUUACCCAAAAUUAUGUAGGCUUUGCAAUUCUCACUAAAGUGCGUAUUUAUAUAUAUUUCAAGAAAAUGUGAACACCGGAACGGCGUAAGUCUUCAGAGCUAAACGUUGAAUAUCUUCACUAAGAUGAACACUUGAACACGAUUUGAGUAUUGGAGGAGUGAUUUAAUGGUUUUUUAUUUGCAGUCUGCCUGCAAGUGUGUUCAAGAGAAAGAAAAUUUCAAUAUUGAAACAUUGAACACGGUCGUGUUUUGGAAAAGCCAUUUUUAUGUGGCGAAAUUCUACAUCAGAUUGGCAAAAUAUAUUUUCUUUGGAUAAUUACUUGCUUACCGUGAAAACUUGUGCAUGAGGCUGUGGCACUCUUUAUUGAUCACUUUGGCAGCAUUAGCUGGCAAGGUUGGUGUUCAGCAGUCUACAUGCACUUAUCAAAUAGGAGAACCCCAUAGCCUGUUCCAGAGUCUACCUCGGGAUUUUAAGAGUAAUGAAUGCUACGUGGACCUCCGGCUUCAGACCUUCGUUAGUAACAAGACCGUCCCAUCACCACAGGGUUGGAUAAUUUUAAUCUACAUUCACUGCCCAGCUCAACUUUGGAAUUCCCAAGUUUAUUUCUUCGAAUACUUCACGUUGCAGAUACUACUUCUAUCUGCAUUACCCCCUGUAGGAACCUGCACCUAUUAUCACCAUGUUCUUCAUAUCUACAUGCAUCAGCUUACUUCAUCUACAUUGACGUACUCCACAAUCAGCACCGGUCAUACAACCUGCACAACCUUCAUUAACAUCUUUGUUUCCCUGUCAGCUCUACCAACUCUGAAAAAAAUACAAUAAAACAAAUUAAACAAU